AUGCCCAUGCAAGUCUCGCUUGGGUGGCUGUCAGGACAAGUUGCCACGGUGGUCGGCGUGAAGGACGAGUCUGGGGAGCUUCGCUUGUGGUACCACGUCGAGGGAUCCAGCACAACUGCCGCGGCCGGGGCUGGCGAGCAGCUUCGUCCGGUGACCCGGAUGACUCUGCCACUUGCUCCCAGCCGCUUGUGCGAGUGGCUAGAGCAGAGCUUCAAGUUCAAGCAGAUGCUCCGCAAUCAGCUGGUCCUCGGCCUCUUCGACGUGCGCGACGAAGUGUGCCUGAAGGUCGACAAGUUCAUGCAUGGCCAGGUCAUUGAAAAUGCUUAUGGUGAUUCCUACACCGUGGUCGGUGUUCAGAAAGACUUCGAGGACGGCCGAGUGGGCUUGUGGGCGCAGAAGGAUGGCGAGGAUUUUGCCCGGCUUCUGCCCUGGAAGCCUUCCGAGAUGUGGUGCAGCAGGUGCAAGGUUCAGCUUUCGCAGGUCGAGUGCCUCACGGCCCCGGCGAAGUUAGAAAAGGUGUUUACCUAUCCGGCCGGGGAGGAGGAGGGGCGGCCGGAGAUGUUUGAUGUCAGCAUCGUUGCAGUUGGCCACUUCGGGUGCAAGCACGGGGACAUGGUGCUGACCGAUCGAAGCAAGGUGGCCACAGUUAUCGGAGUAAAGGAAUGCGACGGAGAGCCGUGGCUUUGGUGCCAUGUGGAGGGUAACGAGGGUGCUGUGCCUGUUCGCAAGCAGCAGCUCAGAAAGCUCGAGCAGGACUGCAGAGUCCCAGCCGGUGGACAUGCAGACGGGCGCUCGCCCAGCGAACAUGCACGUUGGUUGCACGAGUCGUUCCGGCACGCCUGCAGCCUCCACGACCCCACGAAAUUUGCGCAUUUUGACAUUCGUGAUGAGAUCUCAAAGCUGCUGGGAGGCUUCCGACAUGGUGAGAUGGUUUGUGCUCCGGAUGGUAGGCGGUUCGUGGUCGUCGGCGUUCACCAAUCGCCGGACGACGGCUCUGUCGCGCUCUGGUUUCGCCCCGCUACCUCAAGCGGCGCCGGUAUCUUCCAGCGGCACGACCUGGAGGCCCUCAGACUCUGCGGGACCAUGCAUGUACCGGAGGCGCUGCCAGUGGGCGCCUUGGUAAGGCUGUCACUUCCGGUUGUUGACGAAGACGACCGAGCUGGGCCGCUCAAGGCCCACGACGUCACACUGCUGAGGGAGAAUGAUGGCACGGAUCGGCCAUAUCGGGUGUUUCACCGUGGUGUGGAACACUGGUACAUGGCGGAAUCCCUGGCCUUGGCAGUGGAUGCAUCGACGGCCCAGCAGUCUCAUCAAGGCAUUCCGCCGAAAGCACGUGCGGCAGAGCGUCCUUCGCAGACUGCACCUCACACAAAAGCCGAUGCCCGGCUUGCGAACCUCGAGGCCAAGCAGGCGAUGUCAGAAGCCGAGAACCAACGGCUGAAGGCUGAGCUUGCCCAGCUACAAGGAAAGCUAAAGGCAGCCUCGCAGAAGAGCGAAAAGGCAGCGCGGGCAAAGCAGCAGCUUGAGGACCAGCUCCGCGCUCUCAAGUCCACAAAGGAGAAGGCGCACGGCGAUCUGGUGCGGGAGAGGGCAUCCCUGUCCCAGAAAGAGGAGCAGAUACAGCAGCGGGCACAGGAAGUUCUAGGCAGGCAAAGCGCAUUGUCCAAGAAAGCCGAAGAGAUCCAAGAGCAAGAGACGGCAUUGGAGGAAAAGAAGCGGAGUUUGGAGAGCGACCUAACCGCCCUGCGACAGCGGCACCGAGACCUUCAGUUACAAAGGAGCCAACUUGAGGGGGGCUUGGAACAGCUUGAAAGCGAAAGGUCCGCGAAGCAAGAAGCAGUUCGAAAGCUGCAGCAGAGGCAAUCAAACCUCGAGGAGAUACUGCGAGAGAAGGAAGUCGUGCUGGCACAGGUGCAAGCUCAGGAAGUCCCCACCAUCCAUGGCGAUUAUCAGUGGAAGUUUGAGAACGACCAGGGCCAGCCUGUGUGCUUCGGCCAGGAAGACAACCUCGCUGCCAUGAUGGCUUACCGGGCGGGGCAUUCGAGCGUGGUUAUCUCUUCGGGCCGGGUGCUGAAUUUUGAACGGAGAGUGCAAACGAGCUCUGCUGGCAGAGCCCGCAAGAUCUCGUGCUCCUUUGGAAUCCCGUCGCACUGGUCUGUUUCAAACGAGGAGAUGCUCAAGCGGCAGCGCCGUUCCGCAUCUUCCGCCGGACUUGUGUCCGGUAGCUUUGAGGAAGUCGCCGUGGAGGUCAGAGACAUGGACAAGCUGAAGCAAUUCAGCGACCUGCUAACAGCCUCAGCAUCACACCAUCACAGUAAUCCAAACCAGCCUUCCUGUUCUCGAGAUUGCAAGACCAGCUUCCAGGUGAAGCAGGCCUUCCAGAUUCAGAACGUUUGGUUACUUCAGAAGUUUAUGGAUUACACAAGGCAGCUGCAACAGCGGCAUGCGCAGCAGUGUGUCGCGGUGCAGCCGGUAGAUCCACCGCUCGGCGUGGAGCUGUGCGAUUUUCAUUCAUCUAUGCUGACUCCGGGGAGUGCUGGCUACAACGAGUGCCUCUUGUUCCAUGGUACAUUCCUCGACACAGCCAAGGACAUAGCCCGCGAAGGUUUUGAUUUCAGAGUCGCGAAUGAAGGCGGCUAUUAUGGCAGGGGAACGUACUUCGCGAGCCAAGCUUGCAAGAGUCAUCAAUACACGGACAGGAACAGCAUCUCCCUCAACUGUAUCAUCAUCGCGCGUGUCCUGCUUGGAAAUCCAAACUAUGCAACCAGAUGCCGCACUCGAUUCAACCGUCCGCCAGGAGGAAGGGAUUCAGUCAUUGCUCGCCCGGGAGACAUGGGCGGGCAUCACUCUGGUUGGCAAACGCACAUGGAGUUUGUUGUUUUCGAGAAUUCCGCAGCCUAUCCCGAAUACGUCUUGCUCUAUGAGUGA